GAGACUUGCCCUAUCCGGAACUUCCGGCUGUGGUCUACCUUCUGCGUCUCGCUGUAGCUAUGCGGUCCAGGCUUAUUUGGGGUGCUUUUCGGGGCUUUUGGGCCUGCCAGGCUGUUGGCCCGGCCCGCCGACACGUAAGCUGCGGUAGCCUGCCGCUGGAAGGGCUGUUUGCCCGCGGCGGACCCCUGCGGACCUUCCUCGAACGCCAGGUAGGGUCUGAAGCUCAGUUGCAGUACAGGCGGCCUGACCUGGUGGCGGUGGCCAGACUUCUAACCGAGAAGGAGCAGGAGCUGCAGGAGACAGAGCACCUUCUGCAUGAUGAAAAUGAAGACUUAAGGAAACUUGCAGAGAAUGAAAUAACUUCAUGUCAAAAAGAAAUAGCUCAGUUGAAGCAUCAGAUUAUCUUACUUUUGCUUCCCUCAGAAGAAACGGAUGAAAGUGACUUGAUCUUGGAGGUAACCGCAGGAGUUGGGGGUCAGGAGGCAAUGUUGUUUACUUCAGAGGUGUUUGACAUGUAUCAGCAGUAUGCUGCGUUUAAAAGAUGGCAUUUUGAAACCCUGGAAUAUUUUCCAAGUGAAAUAGGUGGCCUUAGACAUGCAUCUGCCAGCAUUGGGGGUUCAGAAGUCUAUAAGCACAUGAAAUUUGAAGGAGGUGUGCACAGAGUACAGAGAGUGCCCAAGACAGAGAAGCAAGGCCGCAUACACACCAGCACCAUGACUGUAGCAAUCUUACCCCAGCCCACUGAGAUUAAUCUGGUGAUUAAUCCUAAAGAUUUGAGGAUUGAUACUAAGCGAGCCAGUGGAGCUGGGGGACAGCAUGUAAAUACCACAGACAGUGCUGUCCGGAUAGUUCAUCUUCCAACAGGUGUUGUUUCCGAAUGCCAACAAGAGAGAUCUCAACUGAAAAAUAGAGAGAUGGCUAUGAAAAAAUUACGUGCAAAACUAUACAGCCUGCAUCUAGAAGAAGAAACAAGUAAACGAUACAAUGCUAGAAAGAUUCAGAUUGGCACAAAAGGAAGGUCAGAGAAAAUAAGAACAUACAAUUUUCCACAGAACCGGGUCACAGAUCACAGAAUAAACAAGUCACUCCAUGAUCUUGAAACUUUUAUGCAAGGAGAGUACUUACUGGAUGAACUUAUACAGUCAUUGAAGGACUAUGCUCAUUAUGAAUCUUUAGUAGAAAUUAUUUCCAAAAGAAUUUAAGUUGAUCUGUUAUUAAAGACUUGUAUAGCUUCUAGAAAUUCUAUUACAGCAUAUCACAUUGUAUACAUACUAGUAUUCUCUUGAAACAUGAGUUAACACAGUUGGGAGUAACAUGAGUAUUUUUAAUAUGUAGAUAAUGUAUA